GUUUUUAACACGUGACCGCAACGUAGAAUAUUGUAAUGUUUUCAUUUCAGCCAGCUGACACCCUGGGAAACUGACGAUAAAAAAGAAUUUCAAAAUCUUCAUAGUUUUCUAGCUAGACCCGUAAACACAAAUUUUACAAUCAGCCAUGGGAAGAAUCUUUCUGAGACAUAUUGGAGGGACCAGAUUGUUCUCCUGUGCUAGUUGUGACACACCCCUUACUAACAGAGCGGAGUUGAUUUCCACCAGAUUCACAGGUGCCACAGGAAGAGCGUUCCUCUUUAACAAAGUGGUCAACUUGAACUACAGCGAGGUACAGGAUCGGGUCAUGCUGACCGGUCGUCACAUGGUGCGAGACGUCUCCUGCAAGAACUGCGACGCCAAACUUGGCUGGGUGUACGAGUUUGCCACGGAGGACAACCAGAGAUACAAGGAAGGGAGAGUCAUCUUGGAGAGAGCGCUGGUCACAGAGAGCGAGGGCAUAGAGGAGCAUGUCAGCCAUGACAGCUGAAAGAAAAAUAGCCGUACUUGUAACUGUUGCCUUAAAAUGUACAAAGCUGUGUGUAUAUUUUAAUGAUGUAACUUACCAGGGGAUGUCUAGACCCAGGUAGGAGUUAUUUAUGCGAGUGUUGAGACAGUUUGAUGGAUUCUACACUGUGAAGGUGGCCUAUUGUCUAGAAGGAUGAGAUUGCAUAUGGUAUGAACCACACUUUUAAAGUGUAAACUGGUUGUCUUUCUUGUUGGAAAGUUUUGUUUUAAAUCUGGAAUAUUGGUAAAGUUGUAGUUAAUGACUGUUGGUCAAUAAUUGUGUUUGUAUUUCACAAUUACAUAUAGAAAUAUAAGACUGAUAUGUAGCAUUAUUAUUACAAGCUGGGAACCCCUCUUUGGUUGAGAUGCAGAGAGACAACAUAAACACCGAGUUGCAGUGGAGAUCAGAUGCUAGAUCCGCUCACAUGCUUGGUACACUAGUAGUGAAUAUGUUGGUGGAUCUAAGGUCUGAUUCUAACAGGACCUAUAUUAGUUGUUGUGUAUCAUUUCUUAUCAAUUGCAUCUUCUUAAGCUUUCUGGCAAGCUCGGAAAAACAAAUUCACUACAUUUACCAGAUGUGGGACAUUUCUACAAGAUGAAUGCUUCAAAUCACUGAUUGUUAAUUAUUAUCAUACAAUUUGUAAACUUACUUUGGGAAGAUCUCAUCAUUUCCGCAAAUGUUUAUUGUAAAAAAAAAAACCCCAAAAAACAAAAACAGCAAUGCAUAGUUGCAUUUUAAUAUGAUAAAAAUUUUGAGGGUUUUUCAUAAUGCAUUUAAAUGUUGUUUUUCUAUUUCCCAGAAAGGCUCGAGAAGAUUGAUUUCAUGCAUGUUUAUAUAUGUACUCAAAGAAAUACCUGUCCAUUUUUUGCCUUCUAUUUUCUAUCAUGUAGAUUGUUUUAAAGAUGUUUCUUGUAGUUACUUAGGUUUACCUUAGAAUGGUACAGUCUGUAUGCUAAAUUAUGAUUUACGAAUUAUAAACCAAUGUAUAUUGUGACACAGAAUAAAAUUACAAGAAUUCUA